GUUCGGGAGGAGGGCGCCGGAGAGCGCGCGUUGCCUGAGCCGGCCCGGGAGCGGCCGAGCCGAGUGUGCUGGGCGUCGGCGCGAUGGCUCCGGCUGGGGACCGCGAAGGCUACUGGGGCCCCACGACCUCCACGUUGGACUGGUGUGAGGAGAACUAUGCGGUGACCCUGUUCGUCGCCGAGUUCUGGAAUACAGUGAGCAACCUGAUUAUGAUCAUACCUCCGAUCUUUGGCGCAGUUCAGAGCAUCAGAGAUGGACUGGAGAAGCGGUACAUUGCUGCUUACUUAGCGCUCACGGUGGUGGGGAUGGGCUCCUGGUGUUUCCACAUGACUCUGAAGUAUGAAAUGCAGCUGUUGGAUGAGCUCCCCAUGAUUUACAGCUGCUGUGUAUUUGUGUACUGCAUGUUUGAAUGUUUCAAGACAAAGAGCUCAAUAAACUACCAUCUGCUUUUUACCCUAGUCCUAUUCAGUUUAAUAGUAACCACGAUUUACCUAAAAGUAAAAGAGCCUAUAUUCCAUCAGGUCAUGUAUGGAAUGUUGGUCUUUACAUUAGUACUCCGUUCUAUUUAUAUUGUCACGUGGGUUUAUCCAUGGCUUAGAGGAUUGGGCUAUACGUCCUUGACUGUCUUUUUGUUGGGAUUUUUAUUGUGGAAUGUAGAUAACAUCUUCUGUGAUUCACUGAGGAACUUUCGAAAGAGAGCGCCCCCUAUCCUUGGUGUCACGACACAGUUUCAUGCAUGGUGGCAUAUUUUAACUGGCCUGGGCUCUUAUCUUCACAUCCUUUUCAGUUUAUAUACAAGAACACUUUACCUGAGAUACAGGCCAAAAGUGAAGUUUCUCUUUGGGAUCUGGCCCAUGGUCAUGUUUGAACCUCAGAGGAAACACUGAUGAAUUCUUCUGUCAAGGAAACAAAAGCACCUGCUGUAGUUCUGGCAAGAUGGUCCAGAAGUCCCCAAAGACGUGCACAUUCAGACACCAUGCCCGUCACAAGAGCUGGAUGACUCAGCCGCACAGAAUGAGCAUCAGGUUGUUGACUGUUUAGCUCCUGGCUUUAUCUCAUUUGUCUGUGACCUAAGAUGCUUACAAAAAAACUGAUGGGUGUAUAUUUAUAUUCUGGAGUGGGAGAAGUUGGGCGUUUCUUAACAGGUAACAGUCUGUGCUGGUCAUUCAUGGAAAAAGUUAUUAUUUUUUAUUUUCUUUUUUUACAAGAGUUGCAUGUUAAUUAUACCUUUCCUAAUUGUUGAUUAAAUAUUGAACAAAGUCAUUAAGGACUGACAAAAUCCCAUUUCCAGAUGGUUGACUGUGAGCCAGUACUUAGCUGUGUCAGCUUUGAUUUAUAUUAUUAUAUUAACCUCACGUGGUUUUUUAAUGUUAAAAAGGAAAAGAAAGCCCUGGCUGUAGCUGCCUGGGUAGCCCCUCACUGUCUGCCUUGGUGCUAGCUGGACCGCUGUAAGCAGACUCCGACCUGCCAGUGCGUGGGCUCUGUUCUCACCUCCACCAGUUUGUUUCGAGCCCACAGCCAGUCAAGGGGCCGGCCGGCUGUCAUCCUGCUGGGAGUUCUUUCAGGGCUCCUGUCUUUCACCAGUUAAAGUCUGUUGUUUUGCUUUCUUUGAUUUUCAAGUUAUUAUUAUUUUUGCGUCUAGCAAAUUUAACUGGUGAUCUGGCCUACCCAUAUUCUGUAUGCCAGCAUAGUUUAAAUGAAGUUACCAGGCAAAGUUGGGCGUUUUUUACUUCUUGCAUUGUGCAGUAUUUUCUAGUUCUCAGAGAGGUCAUGGCUAUACCCAGACACAUGUGUCGGGUUAACCCUGUUUUGCAUAAAGCUUAUUAAAGUAUUUGCUCCUUCAUUUUUUGAGAGAAGAAAUACAAGUAUUGAAACAGUGCUGACUUGUAACUUCUGCAGCAUCUAAAACUUUAAAAGUCAGUAAUAGCAGUCAAGUCUCAUGGGGAGGCAGAUAGGUCUAGUCUGAGUGUCAGGAAAUUGAAUUGAUUGUCACAAACAAGAAAUGAAAGGUCAUGUAUCUAUUGAUUGCAUCCUGAGCUAAGGUUUCAUAGGAAAAGUAGGGGUUUUUUCUCAUGCAAAAUUGAUAAAAGCAACUUUCCCAUUUUUCCAAUAGUCAUUAAGAAGCCUUAGCCUGGCAGGGUGAUGCGCGCCAUUAACCCCAGCACUCGGGAGGCAGAGGCAGGCGAAUCUCUGUGAGUUUAAGGCCAGCCUGGUUUGCAUAGUUCCAGAACACCUUCAAGGUGAGAUCUCAAACAAACAAACAAAAAGCAUUUGGUUCAUUAGGUAGUCUUGGUACAUUUUAAAGACCAACAUUAAACAAACACACCUUUUAUAAAAGCAAGACAUGCCAAAACAUAAAUCUAAUAGCUUGUAGGUAAAGGUGGCCUUGUCUUCAAGGUGUUCUUGAGGCUAUGGAGACUUGUGUCUCAAAAAAAACAAACAGCAACAAUAAAAAACAAACAAACAAAAAGCAUUUGGUUUUUCAUUAGGUAGUCUUGGUACUUUUUUAAAACCAAAAAUGUUUCCCAGAUGACCAUUAAACAAACACACCUUUAUGAAAGCAAGACAUGCCAAAACAUAAUCUAAGAGAACCUCAGUUGUACUGUUGCUGUAGGCAUGGGUCAGAGUCCAGAGUGCACCCGCUGAGAUGCCCAGGUUCCUGUGUCCUGGAACAAGAGUUGGACCAAAGACACAUGGAUAGUGAUGGAAAUAGAGAUCUUUCACUAGGAAUGGGACUGGCAAAGGUCCUUGGCCAGCAGAGCCUCCAUCUUUCUUGGCAAUUAGAGAGGUAGGGCUUAUUUUAAAGCACGCUAUUUUGUUAUGCAUAUACCGAAUUUGGAGAGGUUUCCAGUCUUCCUUGGGGUUGCUUUUUGUUUGUUUGCCUCUAGAACUUCCUGUUCGCCUACCUCACUUUACCCCAUCUUCAGAGCUGUGGUCCCAAAACACUUUCCGAGGGGCUAAAGGUUAAUAGUCUAUUUUGUGUAAUUUGUGUGCUGAUGAGGAGUGUAAUCCUUGCCAAAGAGAGACCACAAAGCUCUCUUCCUGUCGUUUCUGUUGGUUGGAGAGGAGGCUUUGGAGUUUUUGUUGUGGGGGUUGACUUAAAUCCCUUUAUCAUAAUGAGUUAAGUUUGAAACUGUCAUGUCCUAGAAGACACAGAUUGUACAGGAUUAAAAAUGCAAGAAUUUGAGCUGAAGAGAUGGUGUAGCAGUUGAGAGCACUAAUUGCUCUUGCAGGGGACCUGGGUCUGAUUCUCAGCACCCACAUGGUAGCUCACAACCUUCCAUCACUGCAGUUCCUACGGCUCUAGCGACCUCUUCUGGCAUCUGCAAGCCCCAGACACACACAUGGUACACAUACAAGCAGAACAUCCAUACACCUAAAGUAAAUAAAUCUCUGAAAAGUUGUCAGUGCAAGAACAAUAUGAUUAUACCAGAAGUGGCCCCAGGAGGGACCCGAGUCAUGAAAACCAAAGCUAUGCUUGUGUAAAUUGUUCUGGGUAUGGUACUUUAGACUGCUGAAAAACAGAGCAAAACAAAAUCACAUAUACACACAAGCAAACAAAAAAUCCCAACUGAUGGUUAUAUAUUGAGAUCAUGGUAAAAUACAAAAAAAAAAAUAUUUAGGAAAAAAUCCAGUAGUAGAAUAGAUUAGAGGAUAGAUAUUAUGGGUUGUAACCACUGAGUACCAGCAGUGCCAAAAGAAAAAUAAUGAAAAAAAGCAAAACAUACAGUUGUAAUUACUGGUAGAUUUGUAAUAGAGUUUAUCUUUGCCUUUAAAAAGUGAAAGCAUCCCGUUUGUUGUCUGGAGAGAUCCUUUAAGUCCUUCAGCCUUUUCCUAGCUUAGGAGUAGGGGGCCUUGUCUUCAAGGUGUUCUUGAGGCUGUGCAGACUUGGGUCUCAUGGACACUGGUGCCACUUCCUUAGAAUGACCCCCACAGGCUGUAUCCGGUCUCCACACAUCUAGUGCCCGUCUUUAACAGCUCUAAUGCCCUGUCAGGUGCAGUCUGUUGUCUCUGCUGAGGAUCGCCAGAGAAGUAAGACUGUAGCAGUGCACUGAGUUCUAACCACAAUAAGGGAGACUUCCCUGUUUUGGUAAGACUUAAUAAUAUGUCCUUUUUAUUACACAGAUUAAGUAUACCCAGUCUGAUGUUACUGCUUGGUGAUAUUGUAACUUCUAUAAUUUUCAUUAUGGAAAGGAAGUUCAAGUUAAAGCUUUUUGGCAAAUCUGUGCGUCAUUCUAGAUGUGUCUCAGCCUCACUGAAAGUCUUACAUCCAUCACUGUACAGUAGGAGCCCUCCUGUAGGAGGAGCCAGUCCAACAGAAUUCUCAACACAGCGUCCAAAGAACUGGGUCAAAAUAAAGCAUUUUGAUGCUGUUUUAUUUUUGUUACCUUUGACCUUUUUUAAAAAAUAAAAUAAAGUUUUAAUUUUUCCAGUA